AUGGCGGACGCGGUUGUGAGCUACGUCGUGAAUCGGGUCGGCAACUUCCUCCUCGAUGAAGCGGUCUUCCUGUCCGAAGUCAAAGAUCAGGUGGAGUGGGUCAAGGAUGAGCUUCUGGCGAUGGAGUGCUUCCUCAAGGACGCGGACGCGAAGAGCAAGGGGGACGAAAGGGUGAAGAACUGGGUAAGAAAUGUGAGGGAAAUCGCUUGUCGGGCGGAGGAUCUCAUCGAAUCAUUCGUCCUCGAUGCCCAGCGGAGGGGACGACGGAGCGAGGGCUUCGUCCAGACCGCAUUGUCCUGCGUUUGCGUCCCUAGCGACUCCAUCGUUCUCCACCAAUUCGGUAAGGAGAUCGAGGCCAUAAAGACCAAAAUCCGCGACGUCAAUGAACGGAGAAUCACCUACGGCAUUCAGAACUUGGGGGAAGAGGCGACCAGGAAGAUCGACGAUACAGUCUGGGAACGGAGGCGGGUCGUUCUCCACGCCUCAGAUGCAGAUCUGGUCGGCAUGGACGAGGAGAAGAACAGGAUCCUGGAACAUCUGUUGGACGAAAGCAGGAAGAAGCGGUCCGUGGUCUCCAUUGUGGGGAUGGGCGGCCUCGGGAAGACCACUCUUGCUAAGAGAAUCUUCAAUCAAGUCAGAGCCAAUUUCAGUCCCUCGUUGUUGAUCGUGGUCUCCCGGGAGUACUCCGUGGAGGAUCUCCUUCGAGACUUACUCCGGCAAGUCACGGGGCUCGGAGGAGAGGAACAAGAGAAAAUGCCGAGGGACAAACGCGAGGAGAGGCUUUACCAGGACUUGAUGGAUAAGAAAUACUUGAUAAUGUUGGACGACGUGUGGGAUACGGAUGUUUGGAGAAUCCUUGGUCCGCAUCUCCCAGACGCCAAGAACGGAAGCCGAGUGGUGAUCACCACCCGCUCCAUCGACGUUGCCAGAGCUGCGGACUCAACGACUCCUCCCCACGAGCUGCGGUUUUUAACCGAGGAGGAGAGCUGGGAGCUCCUCUCCAAGAAGGCGUUCCCGAAUCAGGAGGAUAUCGAUGCAGUCUGUUCUGAACAGUUGAGGGAAGUCGGGAAACAGAUCGCGAGGAAAUGCGGGGGCCUGCCUCUGGCGCUGGUGGUGAUCGGCGGUCUCCUGUCGACGAAAGAUCCGUCACUGAAGGAGUGGAGGAGGCUUGCGGAGACCAUCGUCUGGAAAGACAUCAAAGAUGGCCGGCUGUGCCUGGAUAUACUGGCGCUGAGUUACGCUGACUUGCCCCAUCACCUGAAGUGUUGUUUCCUUUAUUUUAGUUCUUUUCCAGAGGACUUUGAGAUUUAUAUCGAGAAGCUGACCAGAUUGUGGAUAGCGGAGGGCUUGGUGGAGCGCAGAGCAGGAGAAACACUCGAAGAGUCCGCAGAGGGUUACCUGAAUGAGCUCGUCCGGAGGUGCAUGGUGACAGUUGUGCAACAUGGUAAUAAUAGUUGGCAAGACUGCCGGAUCCAUGAUCUGCUGCGCGAUUUUUCCAUUGCAGAGGCCAAGGAGGUAGGCUUCCUUGUCUGCCGCCGGAUUCCAGAAGAUCAAGAAGCCUCCCGACCGGAUUCCACCGUGCGGCGCCUUUCUCUGCACGCAGGGGUAGCAGAGGACUACGUCUCCCUCGUGAAGUACACCCCAAGAGUUCGCACCUUGAUGUGGUUCAAUGCCCGACGGAGGCGGGUUGUAAACUUCACCAUUCCGGAGCUGAAACUGCUCAGGGUCAUUGAUCUGGAGGGGGCACCACUCGCCGUACUUCCAAAACAAGUUGGAGACCUGGUCCAUCUCCGAUACUUGGGCUUGAGAUGGACAAAGAUAAGGGGACUUCCAUCUUCAGUCGGGAACCUUCCUCAUCUACAGUGCUUGGACGUGCAGUGGACGCGGAUCGAGAGGAUGCCGAGAUCUGUGUGGAAGCUCGAGGCCUUACGACACGUCGACGUUCCCGAAGAAGUGGAUCUGGAGAUGGUGGAGCCAGGCUUAAAAAACUUGCAGGUGCUCAAGGUCGUCCGGGCCGGGAGCUGGAUAGAAAGCUGCCUAGGGACCAUUACCAGUCUCCGGGAGCUGGAACUAACUGGGCUCAAAGUCGAUCAUCAUGACGCGCUGUCGUCUUCGCUACCGAUGCUGUCUCACCUCAAGAAGUUGAGACUGGAAGGCGCGUCGAUCCCAGCCUGUCUCUGGAAACCGUCCAGUUUUGCUUCCCUGGAAGUCCUAUCCCUGAAGGGACAGCUGACGAAGCCGCAGCAACCAGGUUCUGGCGGCGUCCAGUGGCCCCUCAACCUGACCCAGCUCUCACUAAGUGGCACCAAGCUGGAUCAAGGCUCCAUAUCGGCGCUCCAGAGCCUCCCUGAACUUGCAGUUCUGACUCUAUACAGUGGGUCCUACACAGGAAACGAGAUGAUCUGCUCCCGCGGUGGGUUCCCCCAACUGCAGUUCCUCGCGCUUGCUGCACUGGAGUUGGAGAGUUUGGUGGUUGAGGCUGGGGCCAUGUCCCGCCUGAGGAGCUUGAAGAUCUACGGCUGCAAAAAGCUGGUGAUGCUUCCUGAAGGGUUGCAAUACAUGACUGCUUUGAAGCACCUCGCUCUGCACUUUAUGCCCCCUGACUUCUGUUCUAGAGUCCGGGAGGAUGGAGAGGACUGGCCCAAAAUCCGGCACAUACCUUCAAUCUACAUUCCAGAUCCGUAG